UGGCUGUCGCGGUCCUGGAGGUUCGUGCGGGCGGCCGCAGUAUACGCGCGCUGCGCCAUCUCCACACCGUCGGACCGGUCUUCGCGUCCGCUGGGCUCCGCGUUCGCGCAGGGUCGCGGCUGGGUGGGAGCGAUGCUGCCCGGCCCGCUUAGGCCUUGAGGCGGGAGCGGCGAGCCGAGCCAUUAGCUUGCCGACUGCGCCAAGCCCGCAGCCAUGUCCGGGGGGUUCUCCUUCGGGAGCAGCACGCUGGGCUCCUCCACCGUGGCCGCCAGCGGGAGCGGCACGGGCGGCGGUUUCUCCUUCGGGACCGCGGCGUCUAGCAAUCCUUCUGUGGGGCUCAGUUUUGGGAGUCUUGGGAGCACGGCAACUCCAGUGACAACAUCUGCUCCUUCUGGUGGUUUCGGAACCGGGCUCUUUGGAUCUAAACCUGCCACUGGGUUCACUCUGGGAGGAACGAGCACAGGCCCGCCGACCACCACCUCUGCGUCCACGGCAGGCUUCAGCUUAGGCUUCAGCAAACCCGCGGCGUCCGCCACCCCCUUUGCGCUGCCCGUCACGUCUGCCUCGGCUGGCGGUCUCACGCUCUCGUCCGCUCUGACGUCGACGCCUGCAGCGUCCACAGGAUUCACUCUCAGCAGCCUGAGUGGGACGGCAGCCGCAGCCACCACCGCACCGGCAGGCCUCUCUUUAGGGGGAGCCUUGGCGGGUUUGGGAGGGCCGCUUUUCCAAAGCGCAAGCACAGCGGCAUCAGGACUUGGACAAAAUGCUUUAGGUCUGUCUCUGGGAACUGCAGCAGCUACUUCAGCUGCUGGCAACGAAGGCCUUGGAGGUAUAGAUUUUAGCAGCUCAUCGGAUAAAAAGAGUGAUAAAACAGGAACAAGACCAGAGGAUAGUAAAGCGCUGAAGGAUGAGACUCUACCUUCUGUCAUCUGCCAGGACGUGGACAACCUGCAGAAAUUUGUGAAGGAACAAAAACAAGUCCAAGAAGAAAUUAGUAGAAUGUCUUCAAAAGCAAUGCUUAAAGUGCAGGAAGAUAUUAAAGCUCUGAAGCAGCUUUUGUCAUUGGCUGCCAGUGGAUUACAGAGGAACACUCUCAAUAUUGACAAAUUGAAAAUAGAAACUGCUCAGGAGUUAAAAAAUGCUGAAAUAGCUUUAAGAACCCAGAAAACACCACCUGGACUCCAACAUGAAAAUACAGCUCCUGCUGACUACUUCAGAAUCCUGGUUCAGCAGUUUGAGGUGCAGCUCCAGCAGUACAGACAACAGAUUGAAGAACUGGAAAAUCAUCUUGCCACCCAAGCGAAUAAUUCGCAUAUCACCCCUCAAGAUUUGUCAAUGGCUAUGCAGAAAAUUUAUCAAACAUUUGUAGCUUUAGCUGCACAACUUCAGUCUAUUCAUGAAAAUGUGAAGGUGCUCAAAGAACAGUACCUUGGCUACAGGAAAAUGUUCUUGGGAGAUGCUGUGGAUGUGUUUGAAGCCAGGCGAGCAGAAGCCAAGAAGUGGCAGAAUGCGCCCAGAGUCACUACUGGACCCACCCCUUUCAGCAACAUGCCAAACGCAGCAGCCGUUGCCAUGGCUGCAACACUUACACAGCAGCAACAGCCUGCUACAGGGCCACAGCCAUCUCUGGGAGUUAGUUUUGGAGCGCCAUUCGGCUCAGGUAUUGGCACUGGCUUGCAGUCAAGUGGCCUAGGUUCUUCAAACCUUGGAGGCUUUGGAGCUAGCUCUGGUUUUGGAUGCAGCACCACAGGGGCCUCCACAUUUGGAUUUGGAACAACAAAUAAACCCUCAGGAAGUCUUAGUGCAGGCUUUGGCAGCUCAAGUACAUCUGGGUUUAACUUCAGCAAUCCUGGCAUCACGGCAUCAGCUGGUUUGACAUUUGGGGUGUCCAAUCCUGCCUCAGCAGGUUUUGGAACAGGAGGACAACUCCUUCAGUUGAAGAAACCUCCAGCUGGAAACAAAAGAGGAAAAAGAUAAACAUAUGGGUUGAUGUGUUGAGAGGAUCCAUAGCAGCAUCGUUCAUUCUCUGAAUCUAUUUUUCUAAAGUUGAAGCAGUAAUUAAAUUGCAACCCAGGAGAUUUAUAAAGUUUUGAUAGUUUUUCCUUACUUCUGGAAUUUGAACUCUGUUCUUGUUUGCCGUGCUAAACAACUUUUCUCUUGUGUAUUUGAAACCUAGUUGUGUAUUUUUCAUUAUUUUCAUUCUCAGUGUAAGAAAUAUUACAUCGCUGAUUGGUAAGACCUACUACUAUUUAACCUAGUGUUUUAGCAAUGUUUUUGUUGAUAAGGUUUACAUUAUGUGAAUAUAUGCACAUUUGUUUCUUAUAUAGAUGGUAUGAACUCUAGGGCCUAUACCAGAAUCACUUUGUUCCUUGAUAAAAGGCCUUUUGAACUACACUGCAGGGCAUCUUGUGAAUAUGUAUGUAAAAUAUAUACAGGAUAAUACACACAAUUGUGUGCAUAUAGAAUAUAUAUUUACAGACCUACAACUUUUGCCUCAGACUGUUCCCCUUUUCUAAGGGUAUUCCAUUUUUCACCUUUUAUGCUUCAAAUCCUCAGUGCUUGUAGAACAAGGAGCUAAAGGUACCAAGUCAUUGUAGUUAUUUGCUUAAAGACUUAGUGAAAUGGUUACUGGUGUAAAUAUUGACCAACUCAACGUCAUUGCCCCCAGUCUUUCCCAUUUUUGUUUCCAUGUUAAUCUUAGCAGCUACUCCGAAUGAGGGCUGCUGAGACUCAUCAAACCAAUUUCAACAACUUUAUUAUCCUAUGUAUCCUCAUAUCUGAAAUGAACCUUUAAGAGCAUAUUUGAACUCCAGACUGGUGUUCUGGGGGCAAAGAGCUAUUAAGCCAAAUUGAUUCUAUGCAGGUGAAGGAUGCACUAUUAUUUUAGUGGAAACUUCUAGCUAUUCCAAUAGAGUUCUUUCUUAUAGGGCUAUUGAUAUUGACACCAAAUGGAGUCGCUUAUCAGCCUCUUUUAUGUCUUAAGUAAGUGCUUAAUUUGGAAUAAAGAAACAGUAUAUUUUAAGAAAAAAAGUAUUCUUUGUAGCAACAGUAAACUAUCCCCCAUUUUAACAGUGAACAGAGCUCCAGGUAAUAACAUAUAUAGACAUGUCAGGUUUCAUCUGUGUGUUAUUUGUAUUAGUAUUAGUGACAGAGAGUGGGUGAAAAAGAGAGCCCUUGGGAAGAGAACUGCCUUAGCCAUGAUUUCACACAGAAACCGUUAUGUAGACCUAUUUUAUCUUUCAAGUGCAGUUUUCAGAUGGGAUGUGAACAUGAAAUUUCAUUUAAAAAAGUUUAAUUUUUUUAUAUAGAAGGUUUUGUACAUAAUGUGCAUCAAGUGAAUAUUUUCAGAAUCAUUUUCACCAAGGCACCUUUUUUUCUAAAAUAGGUAUUACAUAUAUACACACACAUAUAUAUAUUUUAGUAUAACGUUAGUUGGGUUUGAUUAUAAAAGUGUUGUCAAAUCUGUUUUAUUUAUCUGCAUAUAGCGAUGAUUGGCUUUUGGAAUUGAAAUUUUUGCGCCUUGAUGCAUUAAAAUAAGGAAAAUGCUUUGUUUCUGAGCAUGAAAGUUGUUUUUAUUUUUGCAUACUUCCCUAAUACUGCAGUGCCCAGAUCCAGGUUUUGGGGAAGGGUAGGAAAACAUGUGGUUUUGUGUUUUGAAUUACUGUCAGAAUUAAAGACACAUUACAACAAACUUUUUUUAAAAAGGACAUUGCAUUGUGCUGCAAAAAUCUGGAUAUUUAUAUUUCUUGUGUUUUUUUCUUUAUAUAUUUUACAUUUUAAUAUGUUGACCAUUGGGAAUUCGUAACAGAUCAGUUUGUGGCGGGAGUUUAAAUGUGUCGUCACUGUGUCCAUUGUCUCCACUUUGUCCAGAGCCUGUCAUUAUGUAAACAAUAAAAUUUACUGUGUCAGUUGCUUUGAA